CUCCGCCGCUUCCAGCUGCGCGGCCGGUGCCGGAGGCAGAGACUGACCCGAGGGGCACCGCCCCGCCCUCCUCCAGCGCCGCGGCGGGGAGGGGCGACUCGCGGGGAGGGGCGGGCCGGGCGGCCCUUGGCUCCGCCCGCCCACGGCCCCCACUCACGGCCCCAGAGGGUCGCCCAGCAAGAGUCCCCGGCGCCUGGGGGAGAUGCUGGGACUGUGGAGGAGUGGGUAGCGGGGCGAGGCGCGGCGAACGGGACCCCUGAGGACUCUGCCUCUGCCCCACCUUCCAGCUCCUAGCGGCGGACCGGCGUCGGGAAAGUUGAGAGGCGCCCGGGGUGGGGUCAGGAAAGGGCCGCUGCUGCCCUCGCGUGGCCAACCGGCCACCCGCGCCUACAUCACCUGGGGCUUCGCGGGAGGCGGGACUGGAAAAAGCGUCUUCGGGGACGCCCGCGGAGGAGGCCGCGGAAGAUGCCCACCCUCUGCUCCUAGGAUCAUUGCGGAGAACAGUGAAUCUGAGGCCAGUGGAUGAACUGACAGAAGAUAAAAGAUUCCAAAAAAGGAUGCGUGAGAGGGCCACACAGAACUGGAGCACGGGCGGCUGGCUGCUGGCACUUGGCCUGGUCUGGCUGUGGACCCACCUGGCCUCGGCUUCCUUGCAGCCUCCAACUCCAACAGUCCCCGUGAAGCAGGGCACCUGCGAGGUGAUUGCGGCUCACCGCUGCUGUAACCGGAACCGCAUCGAGGAGCGCUCCCAGACUGUCAAAUGCUCUUGCUUCUCUGGCCAGGUGGCCGGCACCACCCGGGCAAAGCCCUCCUGCGUGGACGCCUCCAUCGUCCUGCAGAAGUGGUGGUGUCAGAUGGAGCCCUGCCUGCUGGGCGAGGAGUGUAAAGUGCUCCCAGAUCUGUCGGGAUGGAGCUGCAGCACUGGACACAAAGUCAAAACCACCAAGGUCACACGAUAGCUCUUGGGGUCAUGACCUGACAGCUUGAUUGAGCCACCCACUGGAGAAUGGUGUCCAGUUAUCAGCUGGCAAAUAUGGAGAUUCACUUCCCUGGACCCACACCCUGUGCAAAGUGCAGCAGCACUCUUUCCAGAGGUAUUGCAGUAAAGCUUCUCAGCAGAUACGUCCUCAUAUCUCCAGGCCAAUCUCCAGCCACAUACCUGUGGUGCUGGGCUCUCCCUGGGGGACACAGAAGAAGGUUAAGAUAGAAUCCCUACCCUUAAGGAACGUUCAGUCAAGUUGAAGAGCUGACGAAAGGCAAUCAAGGUAACUUAGAUUAAAGUGUGUGGUAUCAGACUGGUUUCUGGCCCAUAUGCUAUGAGCAUGUUGGGGGCUGUUCACCCCACUCCAGUUGAGGAGACUCCCAUAGCCCUUCAGCCACCCUCUGGCCACAGGGCACAAAGACAUAGGUCACAUUCACCACCCACUACUUUAGUGGGACCUCACAUCGGUCCAAAUCCCCGGCAAGCUGCUGACCUACUGAAGGAAAACACUCUCCCCUGAUGCCAGACCAGCUGUAUCUCAUUUGGAUGGGGCUGAAUUGACUUGGGGAAGGAAAGCAGAGAUGAAGCCAAACAACUUUCCAGAAAAGCUUCUGCAGAGGCCUUGCCUGCUUCAGACACACUGGGUAUGGGCUGGACAGGACUGUAAAAUCACCCUCACCCAAGCACCCCAGGUUUUUGUUUGUUUGCUUCUUUUAACAGAUGAGGAAACUGAAUCCCAGAGAAAUGAGGUGACUUGCCCAAGGUGUCACAGCUUGGGCUCCCAAAUCUCUAAGACGGCUGACCUUUCACUUAGCCUGGAUGUUGGGAUUCCAGCCUGGGCCUUCCAUGCUGUUUUUAUCUCAAGAACAGGAACCUGCAAAGAACUGGCUGGACAGCUCAAUGAUUUUGCGCAAGAACUUUUACAAAGUUCACUCCUAUCUGAAAUCAUCCAGAAUACCUACCCACCAGGAUGCAGGGCCACUGGGUCUCCACUCUGCCCUCAGCCCCAAAACUUCCAAACAGAACCCAUGACAGCCCAGAGGUCACUCAGCCCAGUUACAGCUGGGCACUCUGAGCUGGAAGCCUUGUCCACUCUAACCUGUCUUUUCCAGAGUCCUUAGGCUGUGCCUCUCAGUGGCUCUGGCUCCAACAGAGGGUCUGGGUGGUGUCCAGGGCUAGUCAGAGUCCUCCUCCUUCAAAGGCCCUGCUAUGCAGCAGGGGAGCCCCUGCUACGCAGCAGGGGAGCCCCCGCGCUGGAUGGAGCCUCUGUCCAGGACUGAAGGUCAGCCAGUCAGGCUGGCACCCUAGGUGGUUUGCAGAUGACACACAGGCCUCAGGGACUCAGAGACACGAAUUACUUGGAUGUCUCAUCAAUAAGAGAAUUACAGCCUCAGUGACUGCUGGCAUCAGCUGGGAUCAGGUAGGAUCCGCUGGGAUCACCAGGACUGCAGGGUGUGAUGGGGCCUUGAGGGGAGGGGCGUCAGUAGAGACCAACUGGGACAAUGCUGAAUUGUGACCCUCAGAGAAGAUAGAUCAGAUGAUGGGUUGAGGCUGAGAGUCUCAGUCCCUCCCUGCUUCUCUCCCUCCCUCCCCAUGCAGUAGAAUCAAGACCAUUCACCCCACUCCAGGGUUUAUCUUCUUGUUUGCCUUUUUGUUGUUUUUGGUAAUGGAGUGAACAAUGAUGCCAGCCUCCCACUAGGCUGUAGAUGUCAGAACUCUGACAACUUCGAAUCUUUGCAUAUAGUGGGGUCACAGGGUAGGGUAGUCAAGGAGUAGGUCAAAGGUUGUCAUCACCUCCUUCAAGGUUGGGGAGUGGAUUAAGGGAUUGGCACUCUUUCUGGAAAGGAUAGUAAAUAUUUGCAGGCCACAUACAGUCUCUGGCAUAUUCUUUGUUUUUGUUGUUGUUUAUUUUGUUUCAUGUUGUUUUAAAAAACGUUUUAAAAUGUAAAAACCAUUCUUAGCUCAAGGGCUGUACAAAACCAGGCCCCAGGCAAUUUUUGGAAAGUUGCCAACCCCAAUAAACCUCUGAAGGCCAGCCAUCUCUGCAGCUUGGGUCUGCCUCCCGGCCUGCCUUCGGUGCAGUGGGAACCUGAGCGUGAGGGGUGGGUCGGGUUUUGUUUUUCUUCUAAUGUUCCUUGAGAGACUGGUGAGUGAAUUAUUUAGGCUACAAAUGAGACAGCUUUAGCAGAGUCGGACAAUAAGAGCCUGCUCUCCUUGAAGCCAGGAUGCAGGCUUCUAUACUCCCUCCCCAUCCCUCAAGACUGUGUCCAGGAGGGAGGCAGAGGGCUCCAGCCGCCUGCGCAUCUGCUGCAUCCAUAGCCAGUGAGCUGUGAGCUGGGGGAUGGUGCUGUACAAACUCCCCCCAAGCUGCCAACCACCGCCCGCCCCUGCCCCAGCCAGGCUCCUUGAUCCUCCCUGACUUCCCUCAUCCCUGCUUCAGAGAAGACCUCCUUCCCUGGCACAUGCUGGAAUUUGCUAAUUCAUUUUUUUAACCCCUCAAAGCCUCCAUUUCCUCCUGACCUAAUCAUAUAUUUAUUUGGUGGGCUUUGAGGGGUAUUCUUUAUAGGGCCAGGAGAGCCCCACACGAGAGGAUCUGAUGGAGAAGGGAAAGCUCACCUCCCAACAGAAGCUCCCUCAGGUCCUGCUUCCAACUAAGUCAACAUUUGUACACAUUUUGUAGCUGCUUCAAUGGCAGUAUAGGAAUGCAAAUUAAUUUUCCUGGAGCAUAGGGGUCCUGGAUCAUCUGUGUUCCUUUUCUCCCCUUAGUGGGAUGGGCUCUCAGAUUUCCUGAGGUUAGCUGGUAACCCUACCCACCCAGCUUCGGAAGGUUGCCAACUACAGAAGAUCAUGUGGCUACUUUCUGUGGCCUCCUGGCAGUUUCAUUAAGGUCUGUGAGUGACAUCCUAAUUAAUGGCUCCAGACAGUUGGCUAGAGUUGAAGCUGCAGCUUCCUAAAAUCACAAGCUUAGAGCUAGAAGGGAUUUAAGAGACCUUAGCCAGUUCCCUCAUUUGACAGAUGAGAAAAGGAAGGCUCAGAGAGGUUAGGUAAUUUGCUCAAAGUCACACAGCAAGCUGGUGGCAUGUGCUGCCCAGUGAUCCAGACAAGUGCUCUUUACGCUACUGCACAUUGCCUCUUACUCUAGUAUAGAUGAGAGCCCUGAAAAGAAGCCAGAAUUUCAGCAAGGAUGAAUGUGAAAGAGCCUCACUCUAAAAUCACCCAACCCUGUGAGUUCCAAAGGACAGAAUAAAGAAGAAUGGGAAGCUUUUAGAGAUAUAUACACAGAAAGAGGGGAGAAGGGACAAAAGGGGGGAAUUGAGAUCACUCAGAAGAACAUCAAAACACCAAAGCACCACACAAAAUAAUUAGAAUAAAACUUGAUUUUUGUCCUUUUUGGAGGAGACAGAAUGGAGCUCCUGUCAAUCUUUGGGAGACCUGUGCAGCAGUUUUGAUGGUUUCAGGAUUCUUUAGAGCCUAAUGCAGGGGGCUGCAAACCAAGGCCCAUGGGCCAAAUUUGGUCCACCA